ACUGUCAAUGAAUGUCAAGCAGAGGGACGAGAUGGAGACGGCAAGUUCAAGUUGAUUUGGUUUUAUUUAUCCGAAUUUUUUUCACGUUGAUGGCAUGGUGGAGAUUUAAAAUUUUUUUAAAUAUCAAUGUGACUUCCGAGUAUUAGGGACUAUUACUUACAAUAUCUUUAAAUGUAAAAUAUGUCUAAAGUUAUAAAUGAUUCGGGCAAUAAGCCCGGUUCUAUUUACCGAAUAGCACUUAAGAACUUCGUAACAUACAAAGAAGUCGAGUUAUUUCCAGGGAGAUCUUUGAAUAUGAUAAUUGGCCCCAACGGAACUGGCAAAUCUACAUUUGUAUGUGCAAUAAUUUUAGGUUUGUGCGGUAAAACAAGUGUUAUUGGACGAGCCAAAAAGAUAUCUGAAUAUGUAAGAAGAGGUUGCCAAGAGUCCAGCAUAGAGAUAGAGUUAUACCAACAGCAGGGCAAGAGGAAUGUUAUCAUCACAAGGACUUUCAACCUAAAGGACUCGUCCACAUGGUCUAUUGACCACAAGUCGGCCAGGGAGAAGCAAGUGCAGGAGCUGAUCGAAUCAUUGAAUAUACAGGUUGACAACCUUUGCCAACUUCUACCUCAAGACCGAGUGCAGGAUUUCUCCAAAAUGGACGCUCAACAGCUGCUCCGGAGUACUUUGUCUGCAGUGGGGGGCAGCGAGAGUGUGGGGCAAUUGGAGGAGCUUAUUGAAUGCAGGAACGCGCAGAGAGGACUGUCUACGAAGUUGUUGAACAACGCACAGCUUUUGGAAGAAGAGAUUCGGUUAAAUGAAAGAUUAAAAGUAGUGAUAGAUGCUAUGCAACAAAGGAAAGAGAUAGAGCAUCAGAUAAAAGUGUGCGAGAAGAAAAAACUCUGGAUAGAAUACCAGGACCUACGAACCAAGUUCAUAGAGUACACAAACAAUAAGAAAGAGGCGGAGAAACUCUUGAAGUCCCAUUGCAGUCGGAUGGAGCCUUUGGAGAAGGUUAUAGAAUCAGCUAAGACUGGUAUUAGAAAGCUGGAGCAGCAGAAAUUAAAUUCUACCCGGGAAGUCCACAAUAUAAACGACAACGUAAAAGACUUACUAUCAUCAAUACGGACCCAUGAAUAUUCGCUCAAAGACAUAGAGCAGACAUACCAGGAGAAACUGGAGCGCUAUAAGAAUAUAGAGAGAGAACUGAUUGAGGCAAAGGCCAAAUUGGACAAGUUGGCUAUGGACAAGACUCGUUUGGUGGAGAAGGUUGGUGAUGAAACAAAAGUCAAAAUGGACUUAGCAGAAUUACAUAAGCCGAUAGCCAAAACUAAUUCAGCGUUGGACUCACUGAAGAAACAGAAAUUGGAGGUGCAGUACGACCUGGAGAACAAUAUCAUGCCGCAAAUAAGACUUUACCAAAACAAAAUCCGCGCCCUCCAGAACGCAGACCAGAAGCGUCUUGAGGUACUCCGUAAUUACAGCGACCACGCGUACCAAGCUGUUAUGUGGCUGAGGGAGAACAAGGAUAUGUUCAAUAGUCCCGUUCACGAACCUAUGAUGUUGGAGAUAAACUUCACCGAUCCGAAAUACGCUCGUUACUUAGAGUCAACAGUUCCCGCGAGAGAUUUGGUCGCGUUCACCUUCGAGAGCAGCGACGAUAUGAACAAAUUCCUCAGUAUAGUCAGAUCUCAGAAACGGUGGGACAGAGUCAACGCUAUAUGCAGUAAGGGGGGCGAUGUUAAUGUCAAUGUGGGGGACAUUGAGCAACUUAGUUACCUCGGCUUCCAUACAUAUUUAGUGGAUACUAUCACGUGUCCUAAUGCAAUUCUUCGAUAUCUGUGCAAUCAGUACUCCAUACAUAGAAUACCUAUCGGAAAUCAGCAUACUUACAAUAACAGCUCCAAAGUACCGAACAAUAUUACAUUUUAUUUCACUGAAAAUCACCGGUUUUCCGUCCGCGUGUCUGAAUACAGCGGCGCUAAAUCCAGUUCCAUAGUGGAGAUCCGUCCGCCGCGCUUGCUGGCCAACACGCUCGACCAGGAACAACUCAACUCAUACAACUCACAGCUUAGUAAUUUCGAGCAAAAUGCUCAAGAACGCAAAACGAAGACACAAGAUUUGGACAACAAGCUAGCGAGUCUUGAAGGGACUCUCAACGAAUUGAACACUAGGAGGAAGAAGAUCAAUGAAAGAGUUGAACAGGUGCGAACCCUAGAAAUGCAAAUAAAAUUGCAAGCGAAAAAAGUAAAAGACAUAGAGAAUGAGUCUACAUUCAACAUACAGGAAGAGAGGCAGAAAUGUCGCGCGAAACAGAAAAGCAAUGUUCUGAAACAGUGUCGAUUGCAGCAGGAACUGUGUGAUGCUAUGAAGAGUUUGCAGGCGAAAAUUAUGUUGGGCGAUCUGUGGAAAGUAAAAUUAGAAUUCAGUCGUAACGCCAUAGUCCAACAAGAGUCCGAACUUCGCGAGCUGAAGAGCGAACUUCACAACGUACAAAAUACUCUUGACAACAUCACGGCACUUCACACCAGGGCGAAAUCUGCGGCUUCGGAAAAACUACAGCAGGCUAAAAAGAGUUGCAAUGGUAAACUGCCACAAGACGCAGACUUCCCGUACCGAGAGGAUUUCGACGUGUUGCCUUCAGAGCUGACGCGGCUGCAGGAGCACUGCUUCGAGCUGCAGACCAGGGUCGACUGUAUGGACAAAGGCGAUGAACAGGUUAUAAAAGAAUACGAGGACCGUGAGAAGAACAUCUGCAGGCUUCGAUCUGAGGUCAACAAUUCCAGCGACAGAAAUAAGCAACUUGAGGAUAGAAUGAAAGUCAUAAGUUCUCGAUGGCUACCACCAUUACAGAGUUUAUUACGCGAGAUCGACAAAACAUUUGGCGAAAUGUUCGCCAAAUUAGGAUGCGCGGGCGAGGUGAAUCUUGUCAAAGGAGGGAGCGACGAGGACUACGACAAAUAUGGCGUGGCGAUACUGGUCCGGUUCCGGGCGGAGCAGCAGCUGUCGGCGCUGAGCCGCCACGCGCAGUCCGGCGGCGAGCGCGCGCUGAGCACGGCGCUGUACCUGCUGGCGCUGCAGCGUCGCGCGCGCGCGCCCUUCAGGUGUGUGGAUGAAAUAAACCAAGGGAUGGACCCGAUUAAUGAACGGAAGAUGUUCCAGCUCCUGGUGAAGGUGACCACUGAAUGUGAGAACGCCCAGUACUUCCUGCUCACGCCCAAGCUGCUGACAAACUUGGAGUAUAACCCGAAGAUAAUGGUGCACACCAUUAUGAACGGGAAAGAGAUUAUGAAUUAUAGGAAAUGGAAAUAUCAACACAUUUUAGAGAGCGCCCGUAACUACCGAAUUUAAUGUACUUUUUAAUGAGCAAUUUUAAAAGGUUCGUAUUAUGACUGUGAGGGACUUUUAAUUUCGCCACUAGAUUGCGCUAGUGGUAUGUAAGGUCCAGACAACUGUAGAUGUUUACAAUACGAUGAAGCUGUAGAUAAAACUGCGGUGUUAAGAAGUUUUUGAUGCAAUAUAUUGCUAUCUCCUUUAUCGGUUGUCCAAUUUUGCGCCGUGAAAGGUAGAACUAUACGCUAAAACCAUGUUUAUUUACCUCGCUUCCCUCUGUCUGUCCUUUUGUAAGCUUAGAUCUUUAAAACUCCACAACCUUUUUUUAUAAAGGAAGGUAUAAUCUAUUAUGGUUAUAAUAUUUAUAUAUCAGUAGUGUACUCAUCCCGGCUUCGCUCGAGAGGUCACAGAUAAAAGUGAUAGCAAUAUACGUACAUCAAACAGUUCUGGGCUGAUUAUAUAUAGCUUUAUGAACCAAUGGCAAAACAGCGUUGGUCUGACAUCUGUAACUGUUCAGAUUAUUUUACUAUAUCCCCAGGCAUUUAUUUCCAAAAUAUGUUUGUUGUUUGUUUCAUAUUGAAAUGAGAAAAUAAUCGUUAAAAUGAGCAUUUGUUAACGAAGCACAGGCAAUAGCUUUAAACACAACAAUUUAGUAUAAGAUUUACUUUAAAUCUCAAUACUGAUUUUAAUUAGGUUCGUGAUUCCGUGUUAACAUUCUAAAAUAUCAAUUGUGAAGUACAACAUGGCGGGAUAUUUUUUUAAUUAGAAAAAAAUUCUGUAACCAUUUAGUCGACCAGCACUUUAUAUAUUCUUAAGAAUUUCAUAGACGAUUAAGAGCCAUGUCCCAUUGCUUCGUUGUGCUCCGUUACUUUGACGGGUCAAUGCAGAACAACGUAGUAAUUGUAAGAAGUUCCGAGUCACGUCAAAACCAAUGCAGAAAACAAUGGAGCUACAAUUUCAUACAGUGUAUGAACAGUUUCAUACAGUGCUAUCUCAUGUGGCUACGCGCGCUCACCCCGUGUCUUAGUUUAGUUUUACCUAUCUAUGAUCAUGUUGUGCUGCGCUCUGGUGUGAUAACAUCACAAUUAUAUUCCAUUAUUGAAAGUUAUUUUUAACUCCAAACAUUAUAAGGAUAUUAAUACAAAAGAUAUUUCUUUUUAUUUAUUUUAUAAUAUUUUUUAUAAUAUUUCAGUAUGAAUUUAAAUGGUUCUUUAGAGACUGCCUAAAGCUUAGCACCCAUUUACCAAACAUAUAACAUUUUAAUUAGUGAUUUAAUAUUUUUAAUUUUUUGUAAAUUGUACCAAAUUAUAUACCAAAUUGGUAUGUUACAAAUUGUAUUAGUUAUCACGGACUUGAUUCUCUAACAGAUUGUGCAGAUUCAGGGCCCUUUCGGCUCUAGUCAGCCCGCAACUGUGAGUUGACUGAAUGUGGGGGGUAGGGAGUGGCCGUACUGUAUUUACUACUGUACAGUUAUUACUGUGUUGGGGCGAUGCCAGUUACAUAAAAAUCCAUAAACAAUAUCAUAUUUUAUAAGUAACAUAAGGUUUUAUACUAAUUAUUUCAAUGUAUAUUUAUAAUAUUGUUUAAGAUUUGUUUUUUGAGAUUAAAAAUACUUUUUUGGUAUUUUCGGUUUACCGUUAAUUAGGAUUUUUUGUUCAAAACUGUUUUAAAAUUGUUUCGGAAUUGUAUAAUACAUUUUCGUAAAUUUGUGAAAAUUUUUGUUUAAUUUUAUUGGAUAAUAAUAGGAUGUUGGAAUCGUGUGAAGGCGAAGGCUUGCAAGUUUAUUCAGUAAAAUAAUUCAAUUUUUUUUUUAUCAUUAGUCAUCAGGUAAUUUUUCGCUAUUUCAGUUCUUGACUCUGUAUUUAUAGUUUUUACAGAGUUUUGAAAGUUGGGCACAUUUGACAACUGUAGCAAUGACAAAAAUACUUGAUCCUGAAUUGAAAUGAAUUGGAAAUAUAAUUUUUUCUUGUCUUUAUUCGACAGUGACCCCCAGAUCUAUAUAUUACUUUUUAAGAAAUGUCAAAUGUGCGGUUUAUUGAAAGUGCUAUAAUUUAUAAACAGCUAUUUUGUUUCGAUGGGACUUCUUGGUUUUUUAAGUCUUAACUUUUGAUUCGAAACGAAACCGGCGUGAUAUGAAAAAACGAUAUAUUUAAAAUAUGAUAAGAUUACUGUAAUUCCGCUUAAUAAGCACAUUUUAAUGUAUGUCGUAUUUGUUCUGUACCUAGUUACAAUUAAUGAAACAUUAUUUGUAGUGAAACAAUGUAAUUUGAAAGAUUUCAACCAAUAAAUAUUUUUAUACUUA